CACGCAGCCAAUUAGGGCGCGGCUGGGACGACACCUUCGAGAAAGACCCAAGCUUCCUGUGAUAGCUACCUCAACCACUGGCAGCACCCCAAGUCCGUUACCAGCAGCUGACUUUGGCAUCGGCCGACUGGACACAGUAUUCAGGUCGUCUGGACGUAUCUGUCCCCUUGCCAUCCAUCAUUAAUAGCCAGGCUGGUCCAUUACGGCCUCCGCUCAGACCUCACCUCUCCUCGCGCAACCUCCUCCGAUUCCGAGCCCAGGCGAGUCGCACGGCCGCUUGACACCGACAUCUGUCCUUGAGCGCUGCACGCCGCAUCCGCAGACCAUGAGUCGCGAUGCGCAGCCCCCCACAACCAUGGAGAGCCCUCAGUCUUCCGGGCUCUCGACCUUCGAGAACCGCACUAUUCCCCCGAGGAUGCAGUACCGAAGCCGCCCCGUCUCCGUCGCCGUCGACCCCGUCUCGCUGGUGAUCUCUGAGUGCAUCUCCAUCACCUCCGUCAUCCAGAAACAUGCCCGCUCCCCACACUCGUCCGUCUCGGCCAUUCUUGGAGGCAGCCCGAAUCCUGUCCACCUGGGACCUCCCAGCCCAGCUCUGGGUGGGAGGAGCAAGAGCCCCUCCGGCAGCAUCAGCGGCGACAGCGCCAAAGACAUUGGCCUGGCCAACCGCUGGGGGCUUCGCGGCCAGAAGGGGAAGAGCAUGCAGGACAACCCUAUGAUUACAGGCUUUGGGAAGCUGAGGCAUGAGCUCGCUGGUGUCAAAGACAUCCGGUCCUUCGAUGCCCCGUCAAUCCUUGCGCCUUUCCUCCACGUUAUUCAGGCCAAAGGCACCGCCGCUCCGAUUACGAUCCUCGCCUUGGGCGCCCUGAGAAAAUUCUUGGCCUACGGUUUCAUCUGCCCCGAGUCGCCUCGCUUUGCCUUGGCCAUGCAGUCUCUUUCCGCUGCCGUCACACAUUGUCAGUUCGAUAUUAGCGACUCGGGGCAGGUGGAGGUUGUGCUUCUCAUGAUUCUAAACCUGAUGGAGGACAUGAUGUCAGGCCCUGGAGGAGACAUCCUCAGCGAUGAGAGUGUUUGCGACAUGAUGGGCCGUGGUCUUGCCAUCUGCUCCCAACCUCGCUUCUCCCCUGUCCUACGCAGAACCGCCGAGGCCUCCAUGGUCCGAAUGUGCCAGAUUAUAUUCGAAGAUGUCAAGCACCUCGAGUUCGAAGCUGGUGAUGAUGCUGAAGCUCUAGAUCAGCAAGUGGACGAGGAUCUUGAUAGUGUCAAAAUGGAUGCCACGCCCGCUGAUACCGACACUCUAUCCGCCGAGCCCAAAGCCCUCGAUGUCGUUAAGGCGGAGGUGUCAGACUCGGAGCGAACUAGCAGAGACACCGCGGCCGAUACGGAGGCGGGAGGAGUCACGGUCAGCGAUCCGAGCGAAGAGACGGAGUCUCUAGACCUGAGGCCUUACUCCCUCCCUUCUGUACGGGAGCUCUUUCGGGUUCUCGUUAACUUUUUGGAUCCUCAAGAUCGCCACCAUACCGAUACUAUGAGAGUCAUGGCUCUGCGGAUAAUCCACGUUGCACUCGAGGUCUCUGGACCAUUCAUCGCUCGACACCCUGCUCUUGCUGUCAUCGCAGAGGACCGACUUUGCAGCUACCUUUUCCAGCUUGUCAGGUCUGAUAACAUGGCCAUCCUUCAGGAAUCACUCAUUGUUGCUGGGACUCUGCUGGCAACAUGCCGAGGUGUCCUCAAGCUGCAGCAAGAGCUGUUUCUGUCUUACUUGGUAGCGUGUCUGCACCCCAAAGUGGAGAUUCCCCGAGAGCCUGGAAUCGAGCCCGCCUUGUAUGCUGGCAUCCCUCAGACGCCUAAGCUUGUGAAGCCUCCUCAAUCCUCACAGCCGGGUAGUGGACGGGCGACUCCAGUCCAAGUCAAGGACCGCCAAAAGCUGGGCCUUGAAGGUGGUGCUAGGAAGCCCGAUGCCCGCCAGGCCAUGGUAGAGAGUAUUGGCGUACUGUCCAGGAUGCCAACAUUCAUGGCUGAGCUCUUUGUGAAUUAUGACUGCGACCCGGACCGAGCCGAUUUGUGUGAGGACAUGAUUGGACUGUUGUCGAGGAAUGCUCUGCCCGACUCGGCAACCUGGAGCACAACGAGUGUCCCCCCCCUGUGUCUCGAUGCCUUGUUACGGUACAUUCAGUUCAUCGCUGAGAGACUUCACGAAGAACCUGUGCGUGAUGGCUAUCCUAGCCCCGACGCUCUCAAGGAGCAAAGACGCCGAAAGAAAAUUAUCACCAAGGGAGCGAACAUGUUCAAUGAGAAGCCCAAGGCCGGCCUGGGCUACCUAGAAGCGCAGGGUAUUAUCGAAAAUGCCGCUGAUCCUGUUGCUGUUGCCAAGUUCCUUAAGGGAACCUCCCGUGUGUCCAAAAAGGUCCUGGGUGAUUUUCUUUCCAAAAGGGGCAAUGAGGAGAUCUUGAAGGCAUUUAUGGACGUUUUCGAAUUCUCCGGGAAGCGCGUUGACGAGGCUCUGAGAUUGCUACUCGAGUCCUUCAGAUUACCUGGCGAGUCGCCUCUGAUUUCCACCAUUGUAGAGCGUUUCGCGGAAAAAUACUCCAGUGAUGAAUCCGUCGAAGAAGUUGCCAACAAUGAUGCUGUUUAUGUUCUGACAUACGCAAUCAUCUUGCUAAACACGGAUCAGCACAAUCCGAACAUGAACGCCUCGAAGCGGAUGACUUUCGAAGAUUUCUCCAGAAACCUUCGAGGCGUGAACAAUGGCCAGAACUUUACACCAGAGUAUCUGCAAACCAUUUUCGAUUCGAUCAAGUCUAACGAGAUUAUCUUGCCUGACGAACACGACAAUAAGCAUGCCUUUGACUAUGCUUGGAGAGAGCUUCUCCUCAAAUCCGAGUCUGCGGGUAACCUGAUUCUCUGCGACACCAACAUUUAUGAUGCCGACAUGUUUGCCACUACCUGGAAACCCAUCAUCUCAACUUUGUCAUAUGUCUUCAUGUCCGCUACCGAUGACGCAGUCUUUGCUAGAAUUGUCACUGGCUUUGACGAAUGCGCACGCAUCGCCACCAAGUAUCAGAACACCGAAGCACUUGACCAGAUCGUCUUCUGCCUCAGUCACAUGUCCACUCUAGCCACGGAGUCGUCCUUCAAUACGUCCUUAAAUACUGAGGUUCAGGCCGGUGAGGGUAGUGUCAUGGUGAGCGAACUUGCUGUGAAGCUGGGUAGGGACUUCCGCGCCCAACUUGCAACACUGGUACUCUUCCGCGUCGUCACCGGCAGUGAAAGCUUGUUGCAUGACAGUUGGAAAUAUAUCAUCCGCAUAUGGCUCAACCUCUUUACCAACUCACUGAUCUCCUCCUUUUCCCCAAGCACCAUCCCCUCUCUACCCGUCCCAGCCAUCCCGCUUCAGACCCCAUCCCAAGUUAUCGAUCGUGUCUCCCGGACAUCGGAAACUGGGUUCUUCUCUGCCUUCACGUCGUAUAUCUCGAGCUAUGCUGCCGAUGACCCUCCUGAGCCAUCUGACGAAGAGCUUGAGAGUACUCUGUGCACUAUCGAUUGCGUAAACUCGUGCAAGAUGACGGAUGUUUUCGAAAACAUUGCCAAGCUUGAUGCGGCGACUGCCACAAUUGUGGUACAAACGCUGAUCGACCAGCUUCCUGAAGAUAACAACACGACGGUAAUCACCGUCAAGCAAGAGAACAUGCCUGCAUCUCCUACAAGCAGCCAACUCCCAUCGGAAGGACUGCCGAAGUACGACCCCAGUGUGACCUAUAUCCUAGAGUUCUGUACUCUGCUCGCGACGAGAGACGCCGCAGCUAUCGAAAGUAUGGGCAAGGUGGUGUUUGAUACCCUGCAGGGUGUUCUCCGUGAUUCCAGCCAGUAUCAUGCCAUCACCAUCUCAAGAGCAACUUUCUACGCUCUGAAACUCUUGAAAACCAGCUAUGAACACGAUUUCGUCAAUGUGCCAUUUCUCCUCCACACAAUCUCGAGUCUCCCCCAAGAUGCGCUGGGUAAAACCUCGGAUCUUACUCUGGCAGGCCUAGCGAUCUGUAUCGAUGAACCUGGCCCGUUGAGACGGGAGAUUAUGACGUCUCCAGACUUCUGGGCAAUCCUCCGAACUUUGGCUGGAAGGCCUGAGUCGGCCGCAUUGGUGUUUGGAAUCCUCGAGAGGGGAAUCACUGGUGACCCUCAGGCUAUCUUGGCUGAUAACUAUGAGGCAGCCAUCUCACUUCUGAAUGACUUUGCCACUGCUGCAAACCCCAAACAGCCUACCUUGCAGAGGUCGGGUUCUCAGCAACAGAGGACGCCCCAGAAGAAGCAAGAAGGAAAACGUCAUUCCGAGGUCGUUACAAGAGGAUCUAAGGCUGUAGAUAUUCUGUACAGUCUUACGGCUCGGAUCCCCCAUCUCAUGCAACAGUCUCAACUUGAGAGCAGUGAAGCCUGGUCAGCCUAUUGGCUACCCAUCUUCCAAGCGUUGACGAACCAAUGCGCGAACCCCUGCCGGGAGGUGCGACAACUCGCCUUCUCAGCCCUGCAGCGAUCUCUACUCUCGCCGGAACUCACUUGCAGUGAUCCCAAGGAGUGGACCGCCAUCUUUGGCAAGGUUCUGUUUCCUUUGAUUCUGCGACUGCUCAAGCCCGAGGUAUUUUCGUCGGACCGGGAUGGAAUGAGUGAGAUGAGGGUCCAGUCCGCAUCACUCCUGUGCAAAGUAUUCCUGCAAUACCUCGUGCUUCUAUCUGAGUGGGAUGGAAUGUUGGACCUUUGGGUCAAGAUUGUUGAUAUUAUGGAUCGUCUCAUGAAUAGCGGUCAAGGCGACAGCUUGGAGGAAGCAGUCCGCGAGAACUUGAAAAACGUUGUCUUGUUUAUGGCUAGCAGUGGAUACCUAGUAUCGCCGAAGAAAGAUGGGUCCAAGGAGAAGCUGUGGUCAGAGACUUGGAAGCGAAUUGACCGUUUCCUGCCAGAUUUACGGAGCGACCUUGCAUUAGAGGAGCCCCUGACCGAGGAGGAGAAGAUCGCAAAGACGCACAGGCAGAGCGAAUCCGAGCGCAAGGAUGCUACACAAGUGAAUGCGAAAGAGGAAUCGACAGAGAAGCAGAAAGAAGCAGAAGAGGAAGAAGAAGAGGACGACGACGACGAAGAAGAAGAAGACUAAGAAGAAAAUGAGGAAGAAGAGAGUGGAAGGGAGAAAGAUGAAGUGAAGAAGGAGGCAAAGGAGGCCGAGAUGAUGGCAUAGAGCGAAUAGAAAGAGCACCAGAUGCGCCUGGAUGAUGCGAAUGAUGGCAUCGGCAGUAUCUAGCCCUGAGACAUUGUCGUCUACUAUCAGAUUAGAGAGAGAGAGACGUCAGUCGACUGUACAAAUGAAAUAAUAUAGAUCAUGUCGGUAUAAA